UGAGAGAUGUGGGCAAGCAAAUUUUUUUCUCCAAGGAGACCCAUCCUCCCAGCCUCCGGGAAGGAUAGUCCAUGCUGAGGAGCUGACUCCAUCCAUAUCCCGCUUGUUUGGUCUGUCAGCACUACAGACAGCCCACGAUCAGGAGAAUGCCAAGCACUUGAGCCACACGGGACACGCUGUCCCUCUCCUCACAGGGGUCUUGAGUGCCAGAGGGCUCUGCCCACUGGUUUGUUGUCACUUCCAAGAAACUGUUGGCAGGGACAAAUAUUUUAUCAUUUCACAGCAGCAGCGAUUUCCAAGGGUGAAGAUUAGCCUUUCAAGCUGAAAGAGGAGAUAAGAACUCCGGAGGCCUCCUGGAGACCAAGAUUUAUUUCUUCUUCUUUAGAAGAGCCAUGUGGAACAGCAAAGUCUCCUCUGUUCUGAAACUUUAUCUGGAGAUUCACCCAAGUCUGGGCCUUGGUGUUUUCAGGAAAUGAGAGUGAAAAAUUGGCCCAGCUAGAUGUUCCAGCAGUUCCAGUCACCUGCAACGAAUUCAUGAUCACAUGACCCUGGAUAUGGAUGUCGUCCUCUCAGAUUUUGUCCGCUCAACUGGGGCAGAGCCAGGAUUGGCAAGAGACUUGCUUGAAGGGAAAAACUGGGACUUGAAUGCUGCACUGAAUGAUUUUGAGCAGCUGAGGCAGGUUCAUGCUGGGGUCUUGCCCCGUUCCUUCAAUGAAGGUCGCACUUUUAAAUUUGUGGAGAAGGAAAUUGCCCGGAAUAUCCGGCCACAGCUGCAGCGCCAAGAUGACAUAAUUCAAGAGAAACGUUUGUCCCGUGGCAUUUCCCAUGCCAGCUCCACCAUUGUCUCAUUGGCUCGCUCCCAUGUCUCCAGCAAUGGUGGCAGUGGCAGCAGCGAACACCUCUUGGAGAUGCCUGUCUGCACCUUCCAGCUACCCGACUUGAAUGUUUACAGUGAAGAAUUCCGUAACUUCAUUGAGCGGGAUCUCAUCGAGCAAUCAAUGCUGGUGGCACUGGAGCAGGCUGGUCGUCUCAACUGGUGGGCCAAUGUGGACCCGAGCUGUCAAAGGCUGCUUCCCUUGGCAACAACGGGUGAUGGAAAUUGCCUGCUUCAUGCUGCAUCACUAGGCAUGUGGGGUUUCCACGACAGGGAUCUGAUGCUCCGCAAAUGCCUUUACACCCUGAUGGAUAAAGGAGUGGAAAGGGAGGCCCUGAAGCGGCGCUGGAGGUGGCAGCAGACCCAGCAGAACAAAGAGUCUGGCCUAGUUUACACAGAAGAAGAGUGGCAAAAGGAGUGGAAUGAGCUGAUCAAAUUAGCUUCAAGCGAGCCACGUAUGCAUUACAGCACCAACAGCGGGAACUGUGGAGGUGUUGAAGGAUCUGAGGAGCCUGUGUAUGAGAGCCUGGAAGAAUUCCAUGUUUUUGUCCUUUCCCAUGUGCUGAAGAGGCCCAUUGUGGUUGUGGCAGACACUAUGUUGCGAGAUUCUGGAGGAGAAGCAUUUGCUCCUAUACCGUUUGGUGGCAUUUAUUUGCCUUUGGAGGUUGCUGCCAGCAAGUGCCAUCGUUCCCCGCUGGUUCUGGCCUAUGAUCAAGCCCAUUUCUCUGCUCUGGUGUCCAUGGAGCAAAAGGAACCCAUCAAGGAACAAGCUGUGAUCCCACUAACAGACUCUGAACACAAAUUGCUUCCGGUACACUUCGCCGUGGAUCCUGGGAAAGACUGGGAGUGGGAUAAAGAUGACAGCGAUAAUGUCAAAUUGGCAAGUGUGACACUUUCACUGGAAGCCAAGUUGCAUUUGCUGCACAGCUACAUGAAUGUAAAGUGGAUCACUUUGCCUUGUGAAAUGCAGGCACCUCUUGCACAGCCAGAAUCUCCAACUGCUUCUGCAGGAGAUGAGGUCCGAUCAGCUGCAGACUCUGGGGAUUCUGAUAAAGAAUCGGUUUGCAGCAGCUCAGCAAGCAAUAGCGGUAGCAGCAGCAAGACCAGUAGUAAGGAGAAGGAGAAACCAAAGAAGGAGCGGGAAAAGGACAAGGAGAAGAAACGGGCGGACUCAGUAGCCAAUAAGCUCGGAAGUUUUGGCAAAACUCUGGGGAGCAAGCUAAAGAAAAAUAUGGGGGGGCUGAUGCAUAGCCGAACUGUCAAAGGUGGGGCGAGCAAUGGACAAGGGGAGACCUCAGAGAAGAAGAAGAAAGGCUCCAUAAAAAUAAGGAAGGGCAGCAAGGAAGAGGCGUCUUCUGGAGAUUUUUCAGCUCCUCCUGAGAAGUCAUGCUUAGCCAAGGCAUCUACCGAAAAGCAGCCUGAUAAUUGCAAAUACAGUAGUGAUGUCAAGUUGAGUUUGAGCAUCCUCCGAGCUGCCAUGCAAGGGGAGCGCAAGUUCAUCUUUGCUGGUCAGCUGAAGACCAGUCACCGCCACCAGUACCAAGAGGAAAUAAUCCAGCAGUAUCUCUUGGAUGCUGAGGAACGCUACUCUGCAGAGCAGAAACAAAAGGAGACCGAGAAGAAGAUGGUGGCAUCGGGCAAUGGCGGAGCCAUCAAAAAGGCUGACUCAGAAGGCAAUCCUCUCAAAGGAGAAGAGACUCUGCUGAACUCCAUGGACCACCCCAUUCUGUCGCCAUAUAGUCUCCAGAGCUCAGAUCUGGCCACUGUGGGUACUAAAAUACCCAGUUUUCCCACAGGCCACUCAGGAGUCUUCACCAUUCCCCGGCCUUCUAUGAUGAGCAACAUGGAAAGCGCCUAUCCUCCUCCUUACCAAGAUGGCCGAAGGCAAGUUGCCGGAGGCCUCUGUGCUCCUUUCCCCUCUUAUGCCACGCUGCCCAGGCAGUGCGCACAGGGCCGUUCUCACCUGUCCCAGCAGGUGGGACACUUCUGUACUACAGAAAUGGAUAUGCCACCUAGUUACGUGGAGGUGGAUUGUGAUGGCUCUUCCUGUUCAGUUCUGCCCAGCAAUGGAUAUCAAGAAUGCACAGAGCCAGAUGGCAGCUCUCCCAAAGAUGCCCACGGUGACCGGAGCAAAACAUGGCUACUGUACAGUGUACAGCAGACCAAAUGCAAACAGCCCAACUGCAGUUUUUAUGGGCAUCCAGAGACUGGGAAUUUCUGCUCGUGCUGUUACAAAGAGGAGCUGAAACGCAAAGAGCAAGAGAAAGAGACAUUGAUACACCGGUUUUGAAGAAACAAGGAUGUGCAUUUCGUUUUUGGACCCAUGGGAUAUGGGGAAUGCAAUAAUUUUCUCUACCCCUGCCCCUGUUCCCCAUCUCAUUAAGGAGAAGGGUUGGCCAGUUGGGGUUGGUGAGCUGCUCGUGAGAGUGGGGGGACCAGACCCCUUACUUCUUCCGGGAAGUGUGGAGGAAAAUUCCACUAGAGAGCAAGGGCUGCUACAGUGACGUGUUGGAGACAGUUCCCUGGAAGGUGGGGGUAGAAUUCAGGGAGGUUGCAUUUUUGUGCAGGACUAGUUGUUGAAUCAAGCAAAUCCUCUAGACCAAAGCUUUGAAUUCCACGGUUAGAGAAAAAACAAUGACAAAAGCCUCUUCCUAUUUGAUCAUCCAACAUUUUUUUUAUUUUUAUUUCAAAGAGAUUAAAAUUAGCAUCACUCACAUUUUUCUUAAUGUCUGAAACUUGGAGGCUCUUUAUAUUAACAGUUUUAUGUCUUUUUUAUUACUAGUUUUGUCUCUCUGGGUAUUCUGACACUAAACACAGACUGUGUUGGAAAGGAACUAUUCUGAAGAGUGUGUAAAGUUCAGUCACCUCCUUGUUCUUCUGAUGCUGCCUCCUUCCAAAUCCACCCACCCUUUCCCACAAUUGUCAGUUCUUCUGAGCAUGCCUGUUCCAGCUAGUGUUAGCUUCUUUAGAUGAGUUGGGCUUCAGAGAUUAUUUUUUAAAAAUAUAUAUAUUUUAAAACUCUUUGUCAGGAGCUGAAUGCGAUAGGUGGGAAGGUCAAGCCACAAUACUGUGUGUGUGUGUGUGUGUGGAGAGAGGGAAAGUUUUUACUGUGAAAAAAAUGAAGCUGUUCUUGAUGGAAUCAAACCCAGUGGAGUAGAAUUUUGGAGACCAGGAGUGAAAUCGGUGGGGUUUUAUUAAGAAUAAACCACUGCUUUUGAAAAUGGAAAGAUGAAAGAUGGUAACCAGGCAUCGCAACAAGAAUCCUUUGCUGUCUGAUUUGCUGCAGCUACUUUUAAAAGCAUCAGAAGAUACAUCUAUAUAACAUUUUCUUAUCUGCAGAGAGCGACCUUCCUUCCUUUUCCCCCAGACUACCUCUGUUCUGAAUCAAAAAAAUCUGGCUCUUUUUUCCCUGAGCCUAUACUCUGACCGGAUAAAUACUAAAAACAGGGCUACCUUUUUGUUGGGGAAUAUAAGGCGGAAAAUAUUCUUUGUUCCUUGUGGGGGCUUCUAGUAGAGUACAUUGCCUUCCCGUCACCUCCAGCCUUCAGAAAUACUGGUAUUUUUUGACAGCACCUGGGUAUCCCCACCUUUGGUGCUGCAGCAUUUUUUGCAAAUAUUUUUCCAGCAGAUAGGUAAGGAAAACGGCUGUGAUGGCUGGGAACUCCCUCCUGAUCGGAUACUUCACGCACAACAUGCACAUGCCGCUUGUAUCUUGACCGAAUUUUGAGUGGUGGAUCAGGUUUUUUGACUCCUCUAAGUCUAAAACUAUGCAAUUAUUUCCCAUCCAGAGCUGCUAGGUUGGGACAGAGAAUUGCAAGUGUACUUAAUAUAUAUGUAAAAAAUCCCAACACUCAUGGCUUUCUUUAAUGCUCCGUGCGCUGCCUUAACGUGGACAGUCGCAUAAUGCAAACUGAUGACGGAGUACGGUGGUUUCUUGUGUCUUUCCUACACGACUUUAUUUGGGGAAGGAGCACUAUCAAGAGGAAAGUAGGCGCGUAUGCUGUGUUAGAUUUGUCAGGACCUACUGCGCGGUAUAAAAUGUGAGGUUUGCAGACAAGGGCCCUGAGAGAGACUGGAUUAUACCCACAGCUGAUAGUCCAUCCGCAUCUCUUGCUGAAUAUUGUCAUAGAAGAUUAUAGUUUAGUUGAUUUCAGAGCCCAUAAUUAGGUGAAAUAAAAUUUUUUACCAGGAUGUGCAUAAGGGUGAUAAAAAAAAGGUAAAGAAGGUGAAAUCAGGAGCAAAAGAAAAAUAAAACUAUGUAUUUCUCUUAGUAGAGAACAUAAAUGUUUCUAUUGUGUUCAGAAGUUAUUUCAAUCUUAAAAUUUGAGGGAAGGUGGACAGCUGGGGAUUAUAAUUCACGUUAUCUGGAAAUCCAUCUUUGGGUGUUCAGUUUUGACAUUUCAAGCAAUUUUGGGGUCUUUAAUAGGCUAAAAAAUAAUCUGAGGAAGAGCUUGUUGAGUUGGUUUGUGGCUGUAUACAAUAGCUGAGCUCAAAGUGGCCUUUUUUUUUCUGAUUACACAUUUCUUCAAAAAUUAAUCCUAAAUUUGUUGUAAACCACCCAGAGUCCCCUGACAAAUUUGAUAUAAAUAAAUAAAUAUAUUUUUAUGAGGGCAGCAGCAAGGGUGAUUGCAUCUUUUAUGAUUCUCUGCAUCCCCUUUCAGAGAAGUGCUGGUUGCUUAAGACUUUUAGGUACAGCCAAAACUCCUAUCAAUGACACUGGACUACUUUUUAUUUGAUCACUUUCAACGAAUUGAGUGCCCAUCUCCAAAAGUUGUCUGGAAAUGUGCAUGCUGUCUGGAAGACAGGAUAUAUGCAGAAUCCCCCCUUCCUGUAUCAUUUUCUCCAAGCAGUAAGACCUCUUCGUAGACAUCUAUGUGCUUUCAUUUUGUGCUUUUCCUGACUGGCAACAAUUAACUUUGAGACUGUACCCUGACAGUUUGUUGCUGAUCUCUUUUUAAUUAUAAUGGUAUUAUAAUUAUUAUGGCAAUUGGGUGCAUAGAUUGUAGUAUUUUUGUAAAUCAAGGAAAAGUUAACACUUUAAAAAAGUAUAUUUGAAAAGUAUUUUUCUAUGAACACCAGAAUUUUAAUUCCAAAACCUGUCCGCCUUAGUAACAGUGAAUUCUAAUGACUAAACUCUUGCAUACCAGGUCAAGUCUGAAUCAAUGUAGUUGUUCGCUGACUUUCCCUUUCCCCACCCUCCUUAUAUUUUUCUGAAACUGUAGGCUACUUGUUUCCUUUAUGGUGAAACAACGCCCUCCUUUUUUCAUAAAAACAACAAAUGUUAAAAAGACUAUUUAUUGAAAAGAUAAAAUCUUCCCCUUUUUAUUCAUUGUCUAUGCAGCUAUAAACUGAAUGCAGUGGAAAUAUUUUAUGUUAUCUCUUUUUAAUCUUUAUUUUCUUGAACAGAAAUAUAAGCAGAUGAGUUUCCCAAGCACCUUUUUUAAUUUACUAGAAAUGACACUAAGUAGUUUUUCAUAGAAAGGCAAGUAGGGGGAGAAGAGUACCCAGUACCAAGUUUGUGCUUUUGUGCUCCCUCUGCUGGAGGAAAAGGUUUAUGGCACCCCCGAGAAAUUUUAACAGCUGGUUUAUUCCCACCCACCCUUAGGGGGAUCUAUAUAUACACACACAGGCGCACGCACGUGCCACAGAUUGUGAGGCAAAACAGGUGAGAGGAUCCAUUGUUCACUGAUGUAACUGUGGCUUCUGACAGACAUUUGUGGGACUCUUCAAAUAGUUAAACAUUUUAUUGUUCCAAGUAUUCCCAUGCUCAGCAUAACUUUUUCCUGUUUUUAUGCAGAAUAUUUUGCACAGCAAAAGAAAAGGCCUUAUUGGCCAAUCAUUUUGGCUUCAUUUCCUUUAUGAUUAAUUCUGAUAUGUCUCAAUUUGUCUCAUUUUAUUUUGGCAAAAAUAGAAUGACCUUAAAUAAAAAUGUCCAGGGUAUAACUUUAACCAGCAUGUAGAAUCUCCAUAGAAAGGUUUUUCUGUUAGAGGUUUUUUUCUGCUAGUUGUCCAAGAAGUGACCUGAAUUAAUUCUCCAGUUGUUGACAAUAAAAAUUAUUUUUUAAAAAAACUGUUUAAA